UGACCGCGCCGAGUUAGCUGUCGCCGUCCUGUCUGUUGCUGGGAGGAGGCGAGAGGUGGGGUUGCUGGGGCAAAGAUCAUGCAGGACAGCGACAGCGAGAGGUUUCCUGGGCAGCAGAGGCCGCUAGGCUGGGGAUGAGAGAAGCCGGGCAGAUGCAAAAUCUGGAGAGCGCGGGGGCCGGACGGUCAGUCAGCACCCAGACGGGCAGUAUGACCGGUGAAAUACCAAGGCUUUCUAAAGUCAACCUUUUCACUCUGCUCAGUCUCUGGAUGGAACUCUUCCCAGCAGUGAAAACCCAAAGACGGAAAUCUCAGGAAAAGGAGGAAGGAAAGCAUGGACCCUUAGGAGACAAUGAAGAGAUGGCCAGAAUAUCUGCUGACAAAAAACAGGUGAAGAGAACUGGUCUUGUGGUGGUGAAAAAUAUGAAAAUUGUUGGUCUCCACUGUUCAAGUGAAGAUUUACAUGCUGGGAAAAUUGCUCUGAUAAAACAUGGGUCAAAGCUGAAAAACUGUGAUCUCUAUUUUUCCAGAAAGCCAUGUUCUGCUUGUUUGAAAAUGAUUGUAAAUGCUGGAGUUAAUCGAAUUUCAUAUUGGCCUGCUGACCCAGAAAUAAGUUUGCUCACUGAGGCUUCUGGUUUCGAAGACGCAAAGUUAGAUGCCAAAGCAGUGGAAAGACUGAAGUCAAACAGUCGGGCCCACGUGUGUGUCUUACUUCAGCCUUUGGUGUGUUACAUGGUGCAGUUUGUAGAGGAGACCUCUUACAAAUGUGACUUUAUUCAAAAAAUUUCCAAAACAUUGCCAGACACUAACUUUGAUUUUUAUUCUGAAUGUAAACAAGAGAGAAUAAAAGAAUAUGAAAUGAUAUUUUUGGUUUCCAAUGAAGAAAUGCAUAAGCAAAUACUGAUGACUAUAGGUUUGGAGAACUUGUGUGAGAAUCCGUACUUUAGCAAUCUAAGGCAGAACAUGAAAGACCUUGUCCUUCUCCUGGCCGCAGUAGCUUCCAGCGUGCCCAACUUUAAACACUACGGAUUUUAUUGUGGCAACACCGAACACAGUAAUGAAAUUCACAAUCAAAGUUUGCCACAAGAAAUUGCAAGGCACUGCAUGAUUCAGGCCAGGUUACUGGCAUAUCGAACUGAGGAUCAUAAAACAGGAGUCGGGGCAGUCAUCUGGGCGGAAGGAAAAUCUAGAAGUUGUGAUGGGACAGGCGCCAUGUACUUCAUAGGAUGCGGUUAUAACGCUUUUCCUGUUGGAUCCGAGUAUGCUGACUUCCCGCACAUGGACGACAAACAGAAAGACAGAGAAAUAAGGAAAUUCAGAUACAUCGUACAUGCGGAACAGAAUGCCUUAACAUUUAGGUGUCAAGAAAUAAAGCCAGAAGAAAGAAGUAUGAUUUUUGUGACCAAGUGCCCUUGUGAUGAAUGUGUACCUUUAAUUAAAGGUGCAGGCAUAAAACAAAUCUAUGCAGGGGAUGUAGAUGUUGGAAAAAAGAAGGCAGACAUCUCUUACAUGAGAUUUGGGGAACUUGAAGGUGUCAGCAAAUUUACAUGGCAACUGAAUCCAUCAAGAACUGGUGUUCUUGAGCAAAAUGAGCCUGAAAGCAGAGAGAUGACAUUUUCCUGAUGUUAAGUUAUUCUUGACCGUCAGAUGGCGUGUUGGGGUCCGUAGCCCUGGAUGAAGAACCGCACCAGAACAAGAAGCUGCGUCUUGCAAACCACUAAGAAGUCUUGUCUGAACAAGGAGUGAAGGCCUCAAGAAUUUUUAUUGCACUUUUAAAAUCCAGCCUUGUUAACUCAGAAAAUAAGAAUGGAUUUUGUAAAUAGUUGAAAAAAAUUUUUAAAGGAAGCUAAUUUAUUAUUAGCAUACGAAUGAUACUAAGGAGAAUAUUUUUAUUUAGAUUUAUUUGUAUGUUUUCCAGAGUAUAGUGAUGUGUUCUUUUCUUACACUGAAGCAGGUGUCAGUCAUUUCAAGAGACCAGUUCAGUCGGCUACAGGGAUUGAUUUCUCCUGGUCUUAGCUUUAGGGGAUCCAGUCUGAAAGGGGCUGGUUCAUUGGAGGUCACAUCUCAGCAGAGAAGUACACACCUUUUCAGAAAUAUUAAUCCCUUUGGAUUAUGAAGGUGAUAAUUAGUAAUCUACUCCAGGAAAAUAAACAGCAACCUGACCAUUUUUAAGUCAAUGUGUGACUCACCAAAAGGCCCCAUUUAUACCCAAAGCUUUCUGGUAAUCAGAAUUUACUUGAUUAGCCUGGAGUCAUAAAAAUGAAUUUGGUGGACCUGCUCUCCAUUAUAAAAGUGUAUUCCUAACAAGGUUAUUCAUUUUUUUUUUCAGUCUUUCAGUGUGUAAAAAUCAUGAUCACUUGUUGGACUGAUUCAGGGCAGCAAUAGGAAGAUAGCAUUAUUCUCGGACAAUAUUAUUCUCUGAUCUCACUGACUCUUGAAACCACUAACAAGAGAAGAAAUAUUUUAGUCUGGAAUUCAUUCAUAAAUGCUGCCCAUUAUCCCCUCCAUAUAAUUAGAGCGUUUCAGGGCUCUGAAUGGAAGGCCUUAUAAAAACAUUUGCAAACCUUAAGAAUACUGAAAGCCUUGUCAGUGAACAUGACAGUCAGUUCAGUUAUUUUCCAGAUUGCUCUUCAUGAGUCCUCUCAUUUUUUAUUUGUUGAGGAAACUUUCAGAAAAUUAGCCCAAAGAUGAAGGCACAGCUUUGUACUUUCCUGGAGAUAGGGAGGGAGCCGCAUGGCCGGUGGCCUGCAGGUGGCCCUGGGGUGUGACGGGCUCUGUGCGGGGAGUCAGCUUCACCUGGGCUGUCGCCCACUUUCUCCCUGGGGCCUCUCGUAUCCUCACAGGGCCUCCUACCAGCCUUAGGAGAGUGCACAGGCCACCCCGCACGUGGGCCGGUGCCCCUGUUUGGACAGCAGCCCGCUUAGCCUGUGUUGUGUGUGUAAAUUUUUUUUUUUAACUUCUGAAUCUAGUGCCUGCAACAGCGUCUGGCACGUGACAGGCAUUCAAUAAAUAUUUGUUGACUGAAUGACUGCUGGACACUGGCUAGACCCUGGAGAUGAGAUGUGUAAGAAAUGCUCCCUGACCUCAAGAAGCUUGCAGUCUAGUGACAGAUGUAAGCGUAAAGUCACGUGUUAAUAAUAGUGCUUCUCAGAGUGGGGUCCCUGGACCAACAGCGUUCGCCUCAUCUGGGGACUUGUUAGAAGUGCACAUUGUUAAGCCCUAACCCAGACCUGUUGAAUCAAACGCCAGGGCUGCAGCCAGCAUUCCCUGAAGGUGACUCUGAUGACCUUCAAGGUUGAGAACUGCCCUGUGGAUGUAACUGAAGGAACAGUGGUGGAAGGAACACACAGGAGGACAGGCAGACACUCGGGUGAGUCACGGGAGAAGGGCCUGUAGAAGUGGAGGCCGCGUAGAAGUGGAGGCCCUGAAGGGGCUGCAGGGAGUGGGCCGGCAAACAGUGGGGGUGAGAUGAACAUCUGAGAAAGUAAUGGAGAUGGGUGGUCACCCUGGGAAGUAGGAAAGGGAAGCGAUUGGGAACUCAUGCAAAGAUUGCUAACCUGCACCAGGAGCCCCCUGGGUCAGCAACAGCGCUGCCUGAACCUAGUCACCCACAGUCAAGAGGGCUCACCCCUCAGGCUGAGAAAUCGGAACUUGCCCUUAAAAAUACAUCACCAUUAAUUUCAAAGAUUGGGAAGACAAGAGUAAAUGUAUAAUUUGAAAAAGAGCUCUACAUUUGUUUACUGCCAAGGACAGCAGCCACGCCGACUGGAGGUGGGGUGAGUGCAGGUCUGGCUCGGCGCUCGGCUGUCAGGUGGGGAGUGUGAGGGUUCACCUGUAUCUAAUCACUGCCAGCGCUUUUUCUUUUAUUCGGCUUUUCCAUGGGUUUCUCUUCCUCGGUUACUUAAUGAGUUUGAGAAUAUACCUUCUCAUAAAUCUUCCUCGGUUUAUGCAUGAACAGUUGAGCUUUCAGAUCUACCACAGCAGUCUGCUUUUAACCCACUUUAGAGCUAUGUUUUGAAGUUCUGGUAUUGCCAAGAGUGGCCGCUUAGCAUUGAGCUGCGGCUGUUACUACUGCUUCUUAAGUCAAGGAACAGUUUAGAACCUUCAUUUCAUGUGUUAUAUUAAGGGGUUUUUCUGUGAUCAUUUAAAAUUAUUACAUAUUUUUUACAUAUAAGAAAAGUGAAAAGCCCUAAUAAUCAGUACCAGUUGAAAACAAGGCCUGUUUAAAUGGAAUACCCUUUAGAAAUGCACCCAUAAAAUGUGUUUACCCUAUUCAACUACUGCACUUAAACAGACUCAGAUUUCAAAGGAACUUAGAUCUCAUCUAUUUAGAAUACUCCUCUGCAGAACUGGAAGCACAAGUGUCCAGAAGGUGAAUGAUUUCUUAAAGUCUAGCUCAGGAUGUCACAAGGGCCUAAAAUCAUAUCAGCUUUGGUUUUUUUCUCUUUACAUUUUCAGUUUUGUUUUCAAUGUCCGUGCUCAUUUGUCCUGUACCUGUUGACGUAUUAGCUGAUUUUAACAUGUAUGUGACAGUAAUAAAAGACUUCUAUCGUUGUAAA